AUGCAUCUCCCCAAGAACGAUAGCGAGCCCUGGACCGGCUACACCAUGCCUCUGUCCGUGCCCGAUCCUUCGCCCCGGCAGCGCAAGGUCCUGAUCGUGGGCGCUGGCAUUGCCGGCGUCGCCAGCGCUCUGGCUCUGGCAAAGGAACUCGGCCCCCACGAACCCAACUUCCAAGUAAUCCUUUAUGAGAGGCACGACAUUUUGUCGACUUCUGGUGGUGCCAUCAAUCUCACUCCCGUGGCUCAGCGGCACUUGGACCGACUCGGCGUUCUCCAGGAACUAGAUCGCCAGGGUCCCGAUGGGGGUGCCGAUGUCGAUGCGAUCGAACUCUUCUCCAGCCGUUCCGGGCGAUCGCUCGGCUCAAUCGACUUUACAGAUGGCCACGGAAACGGAGUGAAUGGCUACAAGGGACGGCGAGUCAUGCGAAUUGUCCUCUCUCUGGCCAUGCUGGCUGUCCUCGAACGCCAGCCCAACAUCAAGAUCGUGUACGGCAAGAAGGUCAAGGGAGUCUCGGAACUGAACGAUCAGACAAUCCUACACUUCGAAGACCAGACCUCUGCAGCCGGUGACCUUGUUCUUGGCUGCGAUGGCGUCCACUCUGCCCUUCGCACACACUACGUCGAACCCGGCCGACCAUCCGAAUACACUGGACUCGCAUUUAUUCAAACCACCAUCGAUACCCCCCCUCCACCUCCUCCCGCCUCAAACCGAACCAGUUUAAGCCGUCCUAGCAGCAGCACCAGCGCCAGCGGAAGCACACACAACUCCACAAAGAGCAGCAGGACGACUCGAAGCGUUAGCACAAACUCCUUGACCUCCUCAGAUACCCUAUCCUCUGCCGGCCAGACUCAGACACCACCCACAAUGCACACCCCUCCCUUCGCCACAUCCGGCCUCGCUCUUUCCCGUCAUGGUGACCUUCUAGGAAGCUACUGCGACCGCAACCACGCCACCCUCUUCCUCGCAGCCAUUGUCCAGAUCAAGGAGACCCUCCUCCCGGGUUAUCGUCUGGACGGACACCACAUAUCCGAUCCCCGCCACCGCGUUGCUAUACACACUGCUCUCCAAAAGGAAAUCCACUCUCGUUUUGCAGGAUCUGGAAUCCCCUGGAUUCGAGAUGUUGCGAACCUAAAGACGAAUUGGAUGCUCUACCCCGUAUACCAGGUCCGCCCAGGAGGCAGAUGGUGGAAAGGACGAGUCAUCCUCCUAGGAGAUGCAGCGCACGCAAUGCCCCCUCGCGACGAAUCCGCCGCCUACGCCCUCGACGACUCCAUUAUGUUCUGCCGCACCCUAGCCCACAACCGCGACGAGCCCCUCUCCACAAUAUUUACCAAGUACGAGGCCCUCCGCCGCGGACCAGUCGAGGAGGCCUUUUCCGCCGCCGGCCGGAUGUGGGAGACCCAUCGCGACAUGGGCUUCCUCGAGGGGCGGUGGAAGGAGUGGACCAUGCCGUACGUACUCUGGAAGAACCGGGCUGCGAGAAACGCGGCAUGGAGGUUUGACGCUUAUGAGUCUUGA